AUGAGCGCGAUCUUGUCGGCAGACGAUCUGAAUGAUUUCAUUUCGCCCGGGGUCGCGUGCAUUAAGCCCGUGGAGAAUCUUCCUCAAAGAAGCACAAAGGAUGCAGAGGUUCGUACUCCUGUGGCUUGCUGCUUGUCAAUGAACUUACGACUAAUUCUUGUCUUAGAACCCCUACGAAGUCACAACGGAAGACAAAGUCGAACCCGAGAACCUUCCCCGGCACAGAUUUCCUUGACAGAUUGCCUUGCAUGCUCCGGCUGCGUGACAUCUGCUGAAGCUGUUUUAAUCUCUUUGCAGUCCCAUACGGAGGUCCUCAACACCCUCGAUGCUCACCCAGAGAUCUUCGUGGAAGGCGAGCGCCACGGGAAAAGGGCAGGGAAUACUGAGGAUACCGGAGAAGGCAUGCUCUUCGUUGCCAGUGUCAGUCCACAGGUCAGAGCUAGCUUAGCGGCAACUUAUGGGAUAUCGGAAAAAGAAGCGGGGUACAUGAUCGAUCAGUUCCUGUGUGGACCGCAGGGGCUGCGAAGUGGCGGAAAGCAUGGCAGUGGCUUCACAUGGGUGGUUGACACAAAUGGCAUGCGGGAGGCCGUCCUUGUUCUCACCGCCGAUGAAGUUUCAGACUCGCUCGGUUUGUAUUCUGCAGGAAACGGCCCAUCUGGCGCUGAGUAUCCGCUCCCCAAGCGCCCGAUCCUAUCAUCCGCGUGCCCUGGAUGGAUAUGCUAUGCUGAAAAGACACAUCCCUUUGUGCUGCCGCAUCUAUCUCGCCUCAAGUCCCCGCAAGCCCUGUCUGGAACCUUCCUCAAGACCGUACUAAGCAAAUCUCUUGGGAUUCCUGCAUCCCGCAUCUGGCACUUGGCUCUCAUGCCAUGUUUCGACAAGAAGCUUGAAGCGAGUCGAGAGGAGCUCACUGAUGUCUCAUGGCAACAGGAUUUCAAGAAUGGCUCGGAGUCGCACCAACCCGUUCGUGAUGUGGAUUGUGUCAUCACAACUCGCGAGCUGCUUUCCUUGGCCGCUGCUCGAGGGUUCAAAUUACCGAGCCUGCCUCUGCAACCUCUCCCGGCCGCAUACACUCCGGCUUUCCCAGAAAAAACUCUUGAUUCUUUCAUCUCAUGCAAGCGUUCCCCCACUCGACAGUCCCCGGAAACCGGCACCUCUGGGGGAUACCUGCACCAUGUGCUUAUGACCUUCCAAGCUCGCAACCCGGGUAGCCAGAUCAUGACGAACCGUGGGCGCAAUGCUGAUGUCGUCGAGUACGUCCUCAUGUCCCCAGAGGGACAGCCUAUCAUGAAGGCAGCCCGAUACUACGGCUUCCGAAAUAUUCAGAACCUUGUUCGCAAGCUGAAGCCCGCCCGUGCUUCUAGAUUGCCCGGUGCAAAGCCCGCUGCUGCUAAUCGACGUCAGCCUGUGUCUCGAAACGCAGUCUCCGGAACCUCAGGAUCGGAUUACGUCUACGUCGAGGUCAUGGCAUGCCCAGGCGGCUGCACAAAUGGCGGGGGACAAAUUCGAGUUGAGGAUGCCAGAGAUGCCCUCGUUCAGAAUGCAGAGGUUCCGGAACUUUCCACCAAGCCUUCACCUCAUGAACAGCGUGCCUGGCUUGCGCGCGUGGAUGAGACAUACUUUUCGAUGGAAUCAGAUUCAGAGAACGAACCAGACCAUUUCCAGCCGCAGUCAUUUGCGAACAAAGAAACUCGAAUCCACCAAGGCUUGGCCCGAUGGUCAGAGUUCAUGAGAACUCCACUCGAUAAGUUGGUUUAUACAACAUAUCGAAAGGUUGAAAGUGAUGUUGGCAAAGAGCAGGUCUCCACCAACGAGACGGCCAAUGUGGUCGAGCUCGUUGGAAAGAUUGGAGGCGGGUGGUGA